UAGCAACGUAUAUAUGUCAAAUAACCUGAAAUGUGAAAAUUCCACAUGAGAAUCAUAUUAUUUACUAUUAUUUUUUGUUUAUUCGAUGUGAUUUACUCAAACUACUAUGAAGAGACGAAAACACAGCAGGUCACUGAGGAAUUUGAACCAGUUACAGUGUCAGUCAAGAACUCUCUAUCCAAGAACAUAAACUGCGAUGAUUUUUCGUCAUAUGCACUUAAUUGUACGACGGAGGCUGCGCUUGUGUAUGAUUCGAGUCGGAUGACGCCACCAGUACCAUCGAAGCUAACCGAUUGGUGUAGAGCAAUUAAGCACCUUAUUAACUGCGCAUUAGAUUGGAAAGUCGAAUGCAAUGUUGUGAGUGAAAGUCAUUUCAAUGAAGACAGCAUACGGGGUCACAUACACGUUGCCAACAACAUCUGUGAUGAUGAGCUGUUUCAAAUACGAUACAUGGAGUUAUCAGCCUGUAUAGAAAGUUCCCAGGACUCUUGGGAGGUGUGUUAUAAAAGCUUUAAACACACUGUGGAGGAACAACAAAAUACAACCCACGAAUGGACACAUUAUGAAGUGCAUUUUUACUUAUGCUGUGCAAGGGCUAGAUUUCGUAGGUGUACGCUCGAGGCGUUAUUUGAAAAAGCAACAGCUUGCUCACAUUUGGAAGCCAUCACGUUGCAAAAGUUCUCCGUUAUUGUUUCGGAAGGUGGAGUGUAUCAGGACUGCGACAGGAAUAUGAUGUAUCCUAAUUGCCCAGGAGGAGAUCCAAGGCCCACUCAUAAAUUAAUGAGCCAUCUGGUCUCUGGCAAUGCCAGUAUAUCAAACAAUUAUAUGUGGUUACUUGUUUUUAUAUUAUAUUAUUUCAUAUGAAACAAUUAUAUUAUUAUAUGUAU